AUUUUCUACUCUGGAUCAUCAACGGUUGAUGUGAUGAAUAUCAAAAAAAUGAUUUCCGACGCUCUAAAAAUCUAUGAUUCAGAUAAGACUGGUAAGGUGGAUUAUGCGCUCGAAAGCUUAGGUGCUACUAUUGUUAGCACACGUUGUACUGAAAGUCAUACUAAAAAGUCUCGAUUAGAGUCUAUAUUUGGAAUACCACUGUGGUACGUGUCGUAUUCGCCUCGAGUUGUUAUUCAGCAUCGAGGAAAUGCAUUGUCCGCAGGGGAGUGUUGGGCUUUUCGUAAUGUUGGUUAUUUAUUGAUUAAACUUGCUUCUGCCAUCAAUGUUACUGAAUUCAGUUAUGAGCAUCUUCAAGCCAGUUUGCAUCCAAACAAUAAUAUCGAGAGUGCACCUAAAGAAUUCGAAGUUUGGGCUUAUGAAGAUCCUGACGAUGUCGAUUCUAAAUUUCUUUUGGGUGAGUAUCAGUAUGAUUGUGUGGGCGAAGCGCUGCAAUUCUUUCCUAAUGAUUUCAAAAGGCCAACUCAAUAUAUUGAAUUAGUCGUUCGAUCUAAUUGGGGAGCAGAAUAUACUUGUUUAUAUCGUUUUCGUGUGCAUGGCCAGAAACCAUUUAAUAUCACUUCUGUGGUUAAUUAA